AUGGCGUGCCAUCGAAAAAAGCUCUUGGUCGUGUUGGAGAAGUUUCGUGCCUGGGUGCGCAAGAGACUGCGAUGCGAGGAAGAGGUAGAGUGCGUCUUCUUUGAUGAUGCGCGCCCGCGUCUGCCUCUACUACCCGACUCGAGUCGAGAUGUGGCUAAGAUCUCCGCCCCGAAUCCCAAGGCCACAAAGGCCAGUCCCUUCUUUCGAUUACCUCCGGAGAUUCGCUUGAUGAUAUACGAAUUUGCCUUUGGCGACCGUGUUGUGCACAUGGACCUCCAGCCGUUGUUUGCGUGCAUAUACCCCUUGGGCACAAUGGGAUCGACGACGGUCAAAUGUCUUCCGCGCUCGGGUAACAGGACACUACCUGCAGACUGGGACUGGUGGAGCUCUGUGUGUCACCGCAGCUCCAUUGAGGAGCUAUGGAUGGACCAGUGCCGCCGCAGCUGGGCCGGAUCGCUGCUCUUUCCCGGCACCUUGCCGGGAGGAUGGCCGAUCGGCGCCAUGGGCUGCUUACUUACUUGCCGACAAGCAUAUCUUGAAGCUAUCAAUAUCCUUUACGAGACGAACACAAUUCACACGAGCAGCAACCUUGUCAUGAUCAAUUUUCCAUAUCUUGUUCCCCCGGGACAUCUAAGCAAGGUAACCGCUUUGGAACUCUGUGGCAAGCUGUACCUUUUAGAUGGGCCUCAUGCUAUGCGGGACGAUCUCACGGCAGGAUGGCCAGCCUUUGAGACGAUUGUUGAGCUCAUUGAGGCGAACUUUGACUCUCUUCAAAGUUUGAGCUUGGCUGUCCAGACCGGCAAUUCGAAUACAUUUCCAGGCCAGCCUCGCGAUUUAUCCGAUGUGGAUUUCGAUAGGCUCUGGAAAUACACAGAUAGGUUAGCGCGACGGUUCGGAAAACAGUUACAGUUCUUUGAGGUCAUACCCCAGGCAAGUCUAUAUUCUGCUCUCGAGGAUGUAGUCAGGGAGUCAUCGGAAGAGGAAGAGGGUAGAAAAGAGAUGGUACUCCGCUCUGGGCAUAUCUGGCGCACCGUGCCCAACGAUGAUCCUGGGGCCGACGAGCUAGGUUACUGGGUCAAACUCGGCACAAGCGACUAUAUUGCGCUGGGCCAAAUGACCCUCGGCGUAAGCCCUCAGAAUCUUCGGUAA